AGCACAAUCCCUAAGUCAAAAUCAAGUCUCUUUGGUUUUAUAGGCUUCCCUAGCUUGUUUACCCCCCCCUUUCUCCCGUGGAAAAGCUCAAGGCCUCUGCCCCUCUCGCUCCGAUCCUGUCCGUCCGGUGAGUUCAAAUGGCAGGAGGUCGAUGGAUCAGACCUGAGGUGUAUCCUCUGUUCGCCGCCGUUGGAGUUGCCGUUGGGAUCUGUGGGUUGCAGCUGGUCCGCAACAUCUGCAUCAACCCUGAAGUCAGGGUUAACAAGCAGGACAGAGCUGCCGGAGUUUUGGAGAACUUUGCAGAGGGAGAAAAGUAUGCUGAACAUGGUCUAAGGAAAUUUGUCCGCAGCAGGGCCCCUGAAAUUAUGCCAUCCCUCAACAGCUUCUUCGCAGAUCCAAAAUGAAGUAAUUGGUGCUUUAUGUUUUAAGUUCUACAAAAAAUGUUGGAUCAUUCACAUGUUAAUGUGGCUUUUUAUUUUCUUGGAUCUACUGAAUGUUUUUGAAACGAAAUAAAGUUGGGAUGGAUUAUCUUAA